GCCGCAUCCUAACUCAAUUGCUGAUUUCGUGAAUCCGCCCGGUUUUGUUUCUUUGGUUUUUGUUGAUUUUUGCUGUCCCUGGGAUCAGUUGCUCUUUCCUCGAGAACUUCUCUCGUGAGUCCGUUCGACGGAUUUAUAAUGCCAACAGCCAGGAAGGUGAUUCUGAUCCGACGUGCCACCGCAGGAUAAAUCCCCAGGAACCCGUUCCCACAUCGACUGGAGCCCCCUCAAUUCGACUGGAUUAAAAGUUUUUUCUGCUUUGACUUUUCUGUUUUGUUUUUCCCGUCGUCGCCAUGUAUCUUAGGACCAAGGUGCACUUGCGCUGGCGCAAGCAGACUCAAUGGCCCCCCGCACCUUCCGUGGAAGAUGAGACGGUAUCCCUCUCUCGCGAAUUGCACGGAAUGACCAAGCUUGGAGAGAACCCGGGGCAGGAGGGCGUCUGCUCCCGAGGCACUGUUGACCAGCUUCCAGUGAUUGUGGAUGUGCUUUCAUUCUCCUCCGUGGUUCAGACAACGGUGUAUGACGACUCGGUCCGCGAGAGUGGCUCUGAUGACAACGCAGAGCCAUCAACUCCGUUGGCGGACAUUGAACACGACCCAAUGCUCUAUAUCGUCGAGGACGAUCAGCCUGCGCCUCUGUCCACCCCAUGGACCUCUUCCGACAAGGUUCGCGGACCCCGCAAUUCUUCAGCGCGCUCUGAGCCAACUCAGAACCCCAGUAAAGCCCUCAAUGGCCGUCCGAAGGAGGCAAAGCUUGAUUCGAAGGGGGACAGUCCUCCCAAGAAGGACUUGACCCGAAGCUCUCGCAAUGGCCCUAUGACAACCAAAACGUCCACCACCAAAGCAGUCGGAAGCACGCCCUCUAUGUCGCCGUCCAACUUGAAGCGAGCGGACAGUGCGAAGCCCAUUCCAUCAGCGCAGGUCACCAGACCACUCAUGCCGAAGCCGGGGCAUCUCUCUGAUUCUGCUGCCAUGGGAGCGAAGGGCUCGCCGAUCAAGCCAUCGUCCUCGCCCACUGGGAAGCCUUCCAAUGGACCUACUUUGGCCGAGAGAAUCGAAGAGAAGUUGCGCCAGAGGCAAGAGCUGCGCGCAUCACAAGAGGCUGCACAGAACAGCGAUCAGAAGAGUCCGCCACCUGCAGCUGCCGCUGCCCAACCGAUUGCCUCCCUUGAGCAAGCUAAUAUCAAGCCAUCUGUGACGUGCCCUAAUGGCUGUGGGGUGCAGCCGUCCAGACAGCCCACCCCACCUAAGUCUGCGCCUACGACUAAGGAGCCUAUUGCGCAUGAGCAGGGUGAAGAGGAUCCUUUCUCGGCCUCCUUUACUGCAGCUCUGGCAGAGACCCCAGAACGGCCUGCAGUUGCCACCGAGCCGGCUGCACGAUCCCAAUCCUCGGACACGGCACAGUCAGCGUCUUCCCAGACAUCUAGCAGACGUUCCGUGUCUUUCCUUGAUGACGCUCUGCAGCGGCCUGUGUCGCCGGAAGAGGAUCCCGAGGAUGUCUAUCCUGCAAAGCCAGUCAGUCGAAGAAGUUCUUCGCAGGGUGCUGUGAGAAGAAGCUCUCCCAAGCCCCAGUUCUUUUUGUCGCCCUGCCCUAGGUCAGUUCCUGUGGCAGGAUACCAAGACUGGCACACCGUGAAGGGAAUGUCUCAUCUGGAUAUCUGUCCCUCUUGCUUGAAGCAGAUGCGCAAGUCCAGAUUCCGGGACUUGUUUGUUCUAGCGAGCCCACGGCCUCGGGACGAGAAGGUUCGCUGUUCCAUGAGUGAACCAUGGACGCGCCUGGCAUGGAUGCAGACACAGAAGAAACACUUGGACCACCUGGAUUUGCUCCUGCAAAUCACCCGGCCCCCACCAGGUAGCAAGCCGUGUCCAGGACGCAUCAUCAGCGAACAGCACUGGUAUCGCGUUGUAGACCCUGACACCAACAUGUUCCUUCCACAGUUCAACGUAUGCCACGCCUGUGUGCGGAACUUGAGGGUCCUUAUGCCCCGCCACCGGGAGACAUUCAAACGCAGUGCCACCAAGCAGGAGAGAGCGUGUGAUUUUGUGACCGACAGUGCCCGGUUCGUUCGCUACAUUGACUGCCUGGACAUGGCCGCCAACCGAGCCGAGCUGGAGCAUGCGAUGCGUCCGGAUGUGAGCGAGUUUCUGUCCUAUGCGCGACGCAAGGUGGUGCUUCGGGACUGCCGGCGGGACCGGCAGGUUCUGAGCACCUGGCACUACAUGUCACAGCUGCCCGAGCUCACUGUAUGUGAGGAUUGCUAUGACGAUGUGGUGUGGCCGCUGGUCAAGGCCAAACAACCGAUCGCGCGCAAGUUUUCGACGACGAUGCGGCUUCUUCCAGGCGAAGGGCCGUCGCGCUGUCGCGAGGCGAGCUGUCAAUUGUAUUCGCCGCGGAUGCGGAUGAAGUUCCAAGAGGCGGUGCAGCUGGACGACCUGACGUAUCUGAAGCUGGUGGCGCUGCGGCGGCGCGAAGCGGAGCAGCGGUAUCGCGACCGGCAGGCCGAGCUGCUGGAGGCUGCCAGUCAGGGGUAUGAUGUUGAGAAUGAGCUGCGGAAGAAUGUGGAGGAAUGGAAGCGAUGGGAGUGA